CUCAGCUCCUCCAAGAGCUUUCCACCUUCCCCGCCACCUCCGUUUCAAGAAGAGCCUCUAUGGCCGCAUCAGCCUCGAGGUGCCAUUGAAAUCUCAGAACCCCGCCGCGCCUUUACCUUAGCCUCCGGGCUCAUCAUCCUCGACCAUGGCCUCUCUGCUCCGGCGGCCUGGCAACCUUGCUCGAUAUUCGAGGAGAGCCGCAGACUGCCUUUACCGCACAAGGCCGCUCUCUGCACACGCUCCGCAGUCGAGACUGUCAGCCCUGAUUAUCGCGCACCGAGCUAGGACGUUCGCUACCCAACCCACCGGUGGUCCGAACCCCCCGAACGACAAUGGCAACAACAAGAACUCGAGCUCAUCAACCGGGCCCGGGAAUAAUGGCGGAGACCCGAAGAAGCCGGAAGAGGAGAAUGUGCUCACCAAGGAACAACAGAAACAUCUAGAUGAAUUCAUCGCACAUCUGAAAGAACGGUCACCACGGAGUCAACAUGAGAUGCUCGACGACGUGAAACUGCACAUCGAGAGGAACGGAUUACCUCCGCCAGUGAAGGAUUUCAUCGACAACCAUAUCUCCACCGGGCGUCCUGCCUCCCUCAUGACAUACAUGCGUUUGAUGCGCGACCUGGCCAGUUACCUCGAUGACAUCGCUCGUGGCGUAGCGCGGAUCGAAAACGAGCGAUUGAUGAAGGAAAUUGAGGAACUAGAGAAGAAGAAUGCAGAGGAAGGAAAGCAACCAGGGAAAGAGGGGGAGAAGAAGGAUCAGGAAGGAAAGAAGAAGGACCAAGAACAAGAUAAGCAGCGAAAGGACCAGAAGGACCAAAACCCAUUCGGCAAGAAUCCGGGAGACCCUCGAGAUAUGAUUGUUUUCAAGCUCGACAACAUAAAUUUCUGGGCGGGCUUGAUUGUCAGUUACUAUAUCUACCGCAGUUUCUACCCGAGCGAAAACAGCAGCGAUAUCACAUGGCAGGAGUUCCGGGCCAACUUCCUCGACAGGGGCUUGGUUGAGAGGCUGACCGUCAUUAACAACACCCGGGUUCGGGUAGAACUUCACCGUGAUGCGGUGGCUCAAGUCUACCCCGAAUCGCCUGCUGCUCAUCCGGGAUUCUACUACUACUUCACCAUCGGAUCCGUCGACGGCUUUGAGAGGAAAUUGGAGGAGGCCCAGCAGGAACUUGGUGUCCCUAGUGCUGAACGCAUUCCGGUCAACUACCAGGGUGAAGUCCCCUGGGCUGCGACACUCAUAAGCUUCGGUCCCACGGUCCUUCUUUUGGCUGGUGUAUAUUUCCUGUCGAGACGUGCAGGUAGCGGAGGUGGUCAGGGUGGCAUCUUUGGCAUUGGCAAGAGCCGUGCCAAACGUUUCAACCAAGAGACCGACAUCAAGAUCAAAUUCUCCGACGUGGCUGGUAUGGAUGAAGCCAAGGUGGAAAUCAUGGAAUUCGUCAGCUUCCUGAAGAACCCGGAACGCUUCCAGAAGCUUGGUGCCAAAAUCCCCCGUGGUGCCAUUCUUUCGGGUCCUCCGGGUACCGGUAAGACGUUACUUGCCAAGGCCACGGCUGGUGAAUCCGGCGUGCCCUUCUUCAGUGUCAGUGGUUCGGAGUUUGUCGAGAUGUUUGUCGGUGUCGGUCCUUCCCGAGUUCGUGAUCUGUUCGCCAACGCGCGGAAAUCGACGCCCUGCAUUAUCUUCAUCGAUGAAAUUGAUGCUAUCGGUAAAUCAAGAGCGAAGUCGAACUACGGCGGCGGUAACGAUGAACGCGAGAGCACGCUGAACCAGAUCCUUACCGAAAUGGACGGUUUCAACACUUCCGAGCAAGUGGUGGUGUUGGCUGGUACGAACAGACCCGACGUUCUCGAUCAGGCUCUGAUGCGUCCUGGACGAUUCGAUCGGCACAUCUCUAUCGACCGGCCUACCAUGGAUGGCCGCAAGCAGAUCUUCGGCGUUCACCUGAAGAAGAUCGUGACGAAGGAGGACAUGGAAUACCUUCAAGGAAGACUUUCGGCCUUGACACCCGGUUUUGCUGGUGCUGAUAUCGCAAACUGCGUUAACGAAGCCGCUCUGGUUGCUGCCCGUGAAAACGCCGAUCAUGUCACCAUGAAGCACUUCGAGCAGGCCAUUGAACGUGUCAUCGGUGGCUUGGAGAAGAAGUCUCUUGUACUUUCACCCGAGGAGAAGCGUGUUGUGGCCUACCACGAGGCCGGACAUGCCAUUUGUGGAUGGUAUUUCCGCUGGGCUGAUCCUCUUCUCAAGGUUUCCAUCAUCCCCCGUGGCCAAGGCGCUCUGGGUUAUGCCCAAUAUCUGCCCGCCAACGGCGACACCUACCUGAUGAACGGAAACCAGCUCAUGGACCGUAUGGCCAUGACCCUGGGAGGACGUGUCAGCGAGGAACUGCACUUCGACACAGUCACUAGUGGAGCCAGCGACGACUUCAACAAGGUCACUCAGAUGGCCACCGCCAUGGUGACCAAGUUCGGUAUGUCAUCAAAGCUACGCUACAUCUACUACGAGGAGGACCCGAAGAGCCAGAUGCACAAGCCCUUCUCCGAAGAAACGGCUCGGGAUAUCGACGGUGAAGUCCGCCGCAUUAUCGACCAGGCCCACAAGCAGUGCCACGAUCUCCUGACCAAGAAGAAGAAGGAAGUCGGCAUCGUAGCCGAGGAACUCCUCUCCAAGGAGGUCCUCAGCCGCGACGACAUGAUCCGUCUUCUCGGCCCGAGAGAAUGGCCCGAAUCCAACGAGUUCGCCAAGUACUUCGACGGCCGCGGCGGCGCCACCAUCGCUCCCCCUGAGCCCACGGAAUCCACUGAAGGCAAGGACGGCCGCGACUCCACCCCUAUCCCCCCAUAGAUGAUGCAAAUCCCGAUUGGAAAAUCCUCGAAUACUAUUCAUCUCUCCCAAGAACAUCACUCACGGCUGACGAAAGGUGCGGCGAGGCGGGGGUUUUUGCAUGCAUGUCUUCUUAUUCAUAUCAUAUAUCGUUGUCCUCUUUUACUUCCUCGUUUCCUUGCUUGGGUUUUGUAUUUAUUUAUCUUGUGUGUGUCAACUCGGAGCAUCUCCUUUCUAACAAUUUCCCUCUGUUUACGCAUUUCAUCCAUCCCAUCCGUCUGCUGUUUGUUACCUUCCAAGUUGUCGCCAUAAAUAUUAGGACUAUGACCUUUUUUGGUGUUUCCUGCGUGCUUGGUACUUUGCUCCGGAGUUCCCUCCCCAACUUCUCUACUCCUUUCCCCGUCCCCCUCUGACAUCUAUCCCAGUGGGCAAUUAUUCGUCCCCUUGAUAUCUCUAUCAUCACUGUCUCGCUUCUCCCCUUCUCUUCCCUCGUUCGCUUUCUUGAGGAAAGCGUUCGGUGUAUUGUACUGUACUGUAUAGUAGGUAGUUAUUUUAUAUUGGUGUUCUUCAUAUAUAGAUGGUAGGCGAG